AUGGCUUCGCAGCCUCGACCGAAGGUCCUCAUGUUUGACAUUGGUGGUGUUUGUGUCUUAUCCCCCUUCCAAGCGAUUUUGGAUUAUGAGAUCCAACGCGGCAUCCCCAAGGGCUACAUCAACUACGCACUCCGAGCUCUAACGCCCAAUGGAGCCUGGCACAAGCUCGAACGCGGCGAAAUCCCCAAUGACUCCAACUACUUUAGCAUGUUCAAAUCGGACGUGGAACGACCAGACAUCUGGGCCCGCUUCCACCGGGAGAGAUUCAACAUGACGGACUCAUCAAUGCUUGCUCCGGUGCCCGACAUCGAUGUAGAAACCCUCUACUGGACGAUGAUGAGCCGAUCGCGCAUUCCGGACCCGUACAUGUACCCGGCGGUCCUAAAGUUGAAGGCCUCUGGCAAGUAUCAUAUGGUGGCACUGUCGAACACAACGGUUUUCCCUGAGGGCCAUGAGUUCAAUCAAGUACGACCGGAUGAUGUAACAAAUGCCUUUGAGAUCUUCGUUAGUAGUGCGCAUGUCGGUAUGAGGAAACCGGACAGGAAUAUCUAUGAGUAUGCGCUCCAACUUAUUCGGGAGAGGUGGGGGCAGGAUAUCAGGAACGAGGACGUCGUGUUCCUUGAUGAUAUUGGUGAGAAUCUGAAGACGGCGAAGAGUCUAGGUCUCAGGACGAUCAGGGUCAUUUUGGGCAAGACGAGGGAUGCAGUGGCAGAACUAGAGAAGGCUACGGGGUUAACGUUACUCGACGAUUCAGAGCCGAAGGCAAGAUUAUAG